UCAACAUUUCGUCGUAACUCGUAACUAUUCCCUUUCACUGAUCCCAGUUGUUUUGUAUACUGUGUUAGGAGUGUGUUUGUUUUAGCUUAUGAGCUACAGAAAAAGAUCAAACAAUUCGACUAGUGGUUGAUUAUUGGUCAAAUAUACGCUCUUCUGAAAUAUUAAGUCAUUCAUAUUAUAUGGUUCUCACAACAUUUUCGUUAAAAAGUCCAAGACCAACAAAAUUAGGUAAUGUGGGAUAAAAUUAAAUGAAUAUCUGUAUACGGGUGUCAAUCGAAUAUAAAAUGCCCCUGUCCGAAGUGAGAAGAUGUGUAACCAUCAAAUUUACAUUAUUAUUGAUGUUAGCUGCUGUUGCUUUAGCUCAAUCGCCAGAUAGUAACUCAAUAGUUGGCCCAAAUAAAGCUAAUGGAGGUGCUGUUGCAAAGUUCCGUAAAUAUUUUUCUCAGUGCAAAACACAUACAGUUGAAUUUGACGAAUGUAUAAAGAAUGCAAUCAAUAAUGUCAGACCAUAUUUUACAACAGGUGUACCAGAACUUGGAAUUCCUCCAUUUGAUCCGUUUUUCGCCAGUGAAGUCAAACAAAGUAGAGGAGCUGGUGCAUUUGGUUACAAGUUAACUCUAUAUAACGUUACUGAAACCGGAUGGAGACUUUCGGAAAUUAAAAAAUUCAAAACUAACUUCAACACGAAUACAAUCAAACUUACACAUUAUUUCCCUGAGAAGUAUUUAGAAGGUUACUACGAGGCAGAGAACACGAUACUGCGACCUGGAGUUAGGACAAUUGGCCAAUUCAAUAUGACUUUAUACGAUUAUAUCCAAACAAUGACAAUAAGCAAACCAAAAAAUACAAAUCAAAUCAAAGUAUCUGUGCAGCUCGAAGAAAUUGGAAAUAUGUCUCUGCAUAUUAGCAAUCUUUUGCGUGGAAGAGUUAUCGUUGAAAACGUUUUGGACAGAGUUAUAAAUGCGUCAUGGAGAGUUGGUUUGCCAGUUGUGAAACCACUUAUAAACGACCUUGUUGCUUCAGCUUUUACAAAAAUUUGGAACGACGUUUUUAAUGAUUUUGAUUUUAGUUACUUACUGCCAUAAAUUAUUUAAAGCCUACAGGUCCAUAUUUUAUUUCGUCUUUAUUAUUUGGCCAUUAUGACAACACAUAGUUAUAAAUCUUAAUUGUAAAAUUAAUAUAGUUUCUUUCAUUUCAUUAUAAUUUUUGUCAUCAAUCAUUGUUACAAUAUUAUCAUUUUAUUUAUCAUAUACAUCAUAUUACUGUUUAGUGUUUGUUAAAUAAUGUAAUGUAAUUAUAUGUUUAUCAAAAUAUCAAAUUAUAUACAUUUUAUUUAGUUUUAACUUUUAAGAGUGUAAUAUACAUAAAUAGCAGUAUAGUUUAUCUAUCAUAAUACAAGGAAUAAGAAAAGUAUUAAAAUAUUUAAGUAUGUUAAAUAUUUUUGCCUAAUAUUAUAUUUUCAAUGUGACGUGCAUUAUGUACAGUAUUAAAAUGCUGGGAAAUGGUAACCGAUAAAGUAUUAUGUAUAAAUAUUGAAUAAACUCGUGCUAUGAGUCAGUCAAA